AUGGAUCGAAGUUGGAUGCAAGCAUCACACACCAGUGAUGAGUAUGAGAAUGGAGUUGAACAAUUCCUCCAAUUUACUGAAUUGAAUGCACCAUCUUUGCGGGGUAAAUAUUUUUGUCCAUGUGUGAAAUGUGCGAAUGGGAGACACCAUGUAAUAGCUGAGAUACGAACACAUCUUAUAUGUCACGGGAUCACUCCAACUUACACAAGGUGGAUAUGGCAUGGGGAAUUGCUAGAGAACCCAUCAAUCUCUCAGACUAACCCAGUUGAUGUGGACAUGGGAAACCGUAUAGAAGGCAUGAUUCGCGAUCUGGGACAAGACGGAUUUCAACAAGCACAUGCUCCUUUGUAUGACAAAAUAGAAAAUGAUUCAAAGAUGCCUUUGUAUCCAGGGUGCACAGCUUUCACAAGGUUGUCAGCGGUAUUAGCUCUGGUAAACUUGAAGGCACGAUUUGGCUGGAGUGAUAAAAGCUUCACUGAAUUGCUGGUCCUGCUAAAAAAAUUGCUUCCUGAACAAAACACGUUGCCAAAAAGUCAAUACGAGGCAAAGAAGAUUUUAUGUCCAGUGGGAAUGUCGUACCAGAAAAUCCACGCAUGUCCAAAUGAAUGCAUUUUGUACAGAAAUGAGUUUGCAGAGAUGCGCAAUUGCCCUACCUGUGGUGUAUCACGCUACAAGGCCAACACUGACGACUUUGUUGAUGAUAUUUCCCCUAAUAACACUCGUCCAGCAAAGGUUUGGGGGAGGAAAAGUGAUGGACUGCUCCGACAUCCGGCUGAUAGUUCGCAAUGGAAACAGUUUGAUUCCUUAUAUCCUGAUUUUGGGAAUGAGCCUAGAAAUCUAAGGGUUGCUCUUACUUCGAAUGGAAUGAAUCUGUUAGGUAACUUAAGUACCAAUCAUAGUUCAUGGCCUAUUUUGCUCAUGAUUUACAACCUCCCUCCUUGGUUGUGCAUGAAGCGAAAAUACAUAAUGCUCAGCAUGAUGAUAACGGGUCCAAGACAGCCAAGGAAUGAUAUUGACGUGUAUCUUGCUCCAUUGAUCGAAGACCUGAGGAUAUUAUGGGAACAUGGGGUUGAUGUUUGGGAUGGUUAUUUGCAGGAGACUUUUACGUUGCGUGCAAUGGUUUUUUGCACCAUAAAUGACUAUCCAGCAUAUGGCAACUUAAGUGAAUACAGUGUCAAAGGCCAUUAUGCAUGUCCUGUGUGUGAGAAAGGUACUACCUUCUUCCAACUACAACAUGGAAAGAAGACUGUAUACACAAGGCAUCGAAGAUUUCUAAAACAGUAUCAUUCGUAUCGACGUUUGAAAAAAGCUUUUAAUGGAUCUCAAGAACACGAAACUGCACCGCAACCAUUACAGGGCAAAGAAGUUUAUGAUCGCGUGAAGGACAUCAUAAAUAUCUUUGGCAAGACACAAAAAAAACCUCCAACUAACAAAAACAUAUGGAAGAAAAGAUCCAUUUUCUUUGAUCUUCCAUACUGGUCUGAUCUUCAUGUUAGACACUAUAUAGACGUGAUGCACGUAGAGAAAAAUGUUUGUGACAGUUUAAUUGGCACCCUUCUUAACAUUAAAGGCAAAACAAAGGAUGGUUUGAAGUGUCGUCAGGACUUGGUUGAAAUGGGUAUAAGAGAACAGUUGCACCCAAUAUCACAAGGUUCGCGAACAUAUCUACCCCCAGCAUGUCACACGAUGUCAACAAAUGAGAAGAGGAGUUUUUGUCAUUGUUUGCGUAUGCUUAAAGUUCCACAAGGAUACUCUUCAAAUAUAAAGAGCCUUGUAUCGGUGAAUGAUUUGAAAUUGGUUGGGUUGAAAUCUCAUGAUUGUCAUGUACUAAUGCAACAUCUAUUACCUGUAGCGAUUCGGGGAAUCUUGCCUGUGAAUGUUCGGGUUGCCAUAACACGGUUGUGUUUUGUUUUUAAUGCUAUUUGUAGCAAAGUAAUUGACCCAGCAACAUUGGAUGAGUUGGAGGAGGAGGCUGCCAUUGUCCUUUGUCAAAUGGAGAUGUAUUUUCCUCCAUCAUUUUUUGACAUAAUGGUGCAUUUAAUUGUUCAUCUAGUAGGGGAGAUCAGAAUGUGUGGGCCUGUUUUCCUACAUUGGAUGUAUCCAAUUGAACGUUACAUGAAAGUGUUAAAGGGGUACACGAAGAAUCUACCCCGACCCGAAGCUUCGAUUGUCGAAAGGGAAACUAUAUUCGCUGACGAUGGUGCCUCCGUGACUUUAAGAUUGUUAGCUGUUGGGUCAAAUCUAAAUGUACCUACUUGGAAAGGGUAUGAUAUAAACAAUUAUUCAUUCUACACGAAGUCAGCAGAUGACAAAAGCACAAUGCAGAACAGUGGUGUGACUGUUGAUGCCGACUCCAAUCACUUUUGUAGUGCAUCAGACAACAAUCCAAUUCGAGCAUCGAUGCCUUACUUUGGAGUUAUUCAUGAAAUAUGA